AUGGCCUUCUCUCUCCACCCAUCCCUCGACAACGGCAUCACCAAGGGCAGCGCCAGCUUCUCUGGCGGCAAGCUCCGGUGCCACUGCUCCAGCAGCCCCGUCGAGGUCACCCUCGCCGGCAACGUCGCCCACAACCACGCCUGCGGCUGCUCCAAGUGCUGGAAGCCCAAGGGCGCCCUCUUCUCCAUCGUCGCCGUCAUCCCCAAGGACCAGCUCAAGGUCACCGCCAACGAGAACAAGCUCCAGAUCGUCGACGAGACCGCCGCCAUCCAGCGCCACGCCUGCAAGGACUGCGGCGUCCACCUGUACGGCCGCAUCGAGAACGAGCACCCCUUCAAGGGACUCGACUUUGUCCACGUCGAGCUGUCCAGCGAGAAGGGCUGGCAGGAGCCCCAAUUCGCCGCCUUUGUCUCCUCCAUCAUCGAGCAAGGGUUUGACCCCGAGAAGAUCGGCGAGGUCCGAUCCAAGUUCAAGUCCAUCGGCCUUGAGACCUACGACUCUCUCAGCCCUCCUCUGAUGGACGCCAUUGCCACCUGGACCGGCAAGCGCGCUGGAAAGCUGUAA